ACGUGUUACCAUGACUGUCUGUUAUUAUUUCCACUGUUGCUUCCUGUUAGGUUAGAUUUAUCUUCCUAUUUUCUUCCAUUUCCACUACGAUACGAAGACAGAAAUGCAGUUCUAUAUAAAGGUUCAUCCCCUUCCUUUGGAAAUGCAUCUGAAAUAUGGAUUGGAUUCAUUGCAACAAUUGUUUCGGAUUACCUGAUGCAGAAAAAACUUUUUAUUUAACCAGUUGUGGCCAUAUUUACUGUAAAGAUUGUGAAGAACAGUGUGCAAGAAGCAAGUGCAAACUCUGUGGGAAUCAAUGCUCUACUAUAGUUCUUAGUUCAUCGUUAAAACCUGAUGUCCAGAUGUAUUUUAUUGAUCCUGAUGAACUCUUAAAAAAGAAAUUAAAAGAAGUUCAUCAAGUAUCAGAAUUUCAGAAAAAUCAUCGUGCUAGGCUUUUAGCACAUCAAAGAAAACAACUCCGAAAAUUCAAAGCAGUAAAAGAAGAUUUUCGAAAACUUUUAAAAAAUCUGAAAGAUUUAGAUGGAGAAAGAAAAAAACUAGCACAUGAAAAUGACACUUUGAAAAAAUAUAUUAUGAUACAAAGGAAUGCAGGAUUAUCUGAAUCCUCAAGUAAAGGACAUUCAAAAUCUCCAUAUGAUAACACUACACCUCGUUCAAAUCUAGAUUCAGUUCUUUCAAAAUUUAUUGAUAAAUCUCAUUCUGGAAAAUCCGAAAGAAUGUGUGUUAUAUCGCCUCCAAAGGAUGGAAAAUUAGGUGUCAUAUAUGGGACUCCAUCUCCAACAUCAGCUUUACAGAAGCUCAACUUAAAUGCUUCUCGUUCUAUCGAAUCCUUACAGAAAAGAGCUGGAAUGCAGUUUGAUACUCCUUAUUCAUCACCAGCAAGUAUUCACACAUCUGCUUUUGUGACACCUGAAACUCCUGCAUCUUUAAGUCAAAAUGAUCUCUUUAAAUCUCCCACAGAUCAAGACAGUAAAUUUUUACAGUGCCAAAGAAUGUCUAAGAAAAAGUUAGUUGUUCAUCCAUUUAGUCCAAAUGAUUGAAAACUUUGGAUUUAUCUUCUUUUACGGUAUGUGUAAAUCAGUAGAGGAUCCAAACGAAUAUCUGCUAUUUAUAUCUGCUCUAAUCUGUACAUGAGUACACAUUUGUUAUAUGUAAUCAUACAUAAAUAAAUAGGAAAUAUUAAACUAAGUUAUUCUUUUUUGUUUAUAUUUGUUAG